CCGUUUCCGCUUCGCUAGCUCUUAGCUGUGUGUUUUCCCCUCGUCCUUCCCGUUGAGCUAAUCUCUGUCGGUCCGCUGCUUCCACCUGCCGCUCCCCGUGUCUCGCGUCUAUCCUCGCUCAACAUGGAUGAUUUCGACAUGCUUAACGCCCCCGCCGCCGGUAACGGUGUCGGUUCGGAGGAGGACCCCGCCGCCGCCUUCUUGGCCCAGCAGGAGAGCGAGAUCGCCGGGAUCGAAAACGACGAAGGCUUCAGUAUCCUGGACAGCGGAGAUGUCCCCUCGUCGCUGGGAGAGUCUAUUGAUGGUGCCAUCAAUGGAGAUCUACAUGGGGAAAGCAAUGGCCCAUCAGAUGCUUAUGCAGCAAUUUCCAAUGCAGACCGGCUGCAGGCAGAACCUGAAAGCCUAAGAAAGUGGAGGGAGGAGCAAAGCGAGAGGCUGGAGCUGCUAGACGACAACUCUCGCAAGCAGGAGUCGGAGUGGAAAGACAAGGCCAAAGUGGAGCUGGAGGAGUGGCAUGCCAGGCAGAACGAGCAGCUGGAGAAAACCAAAACCAACAACAGGGUGCUGGAUGAAGACUUCUACAAGCAGCCCUUCUCUGAGCUCAUUGGUUAUGUCACACACAUUAACCAUCCUUGCUACCGCCUAGACCAGGCGGCCGAGGAGGCCAUGAUUUCAGAUCUGGAUGAGAACAACCCAGGCACAGAGUGGGAGCGGGUGGCUCGGCUCUGCGACUUCAACCCCAAGUCCAGCAAGCAGGCCAAAGACGUGUCCCGCAUGCGCUCCGUCCUCAUCUCCCUGAAGCAGUCUCCACUUGUCCGCUAGGCCAUUGAGGCUGCUCAGGGCAUCAUUCCAUAUCAUCCUCUCAUCACCACACACACACCUACCAACCUAACUACCGACGUCCCACCAUACACAGCCCCCCCCCAUUGAAGGACAGAGCCAGUGGUUCCAUCCCCAUCUAUCUCCUCCUGGCAGGGCUGUAGAGAUUAGCCUCAAAGCACCAGCUCACCAUGUUCUGCCCCACUGAAAGGUUUGAGAACCUCCUGCAGACAAGUCAACACCUCGUAAUUCCUCUUUCUUGUUGUUUAAAGAGAUAAAGACCAGUUAGAUGUAUGUUAGGAAUAACCAGACCAGUUCUGUGUAGUCUUGUGUAACGCUUGUGAAAGGCUGGUGAGUUGGGACACUAAAAGGGAAGGGUUGAUGUUUGUUUGGGCCGACAGCGACACUACAGCCUGCUUCUCAUGGCCCCCAAACAAUAUCAUUCCCAUGAUGCUGUACUCAUCGUGAUCCUGUCAAUCUUUGGACCUGUGAGGGUUGGUUGUUGUUAAAUGGAUUUAAUUUGCCCUCCAUCACAUCAUGUUCUCCUAUCCUUACAAAAAAGUAUCCUCAGAAUUUUCUUUGUUUUUUUUUUGUUUAAGGACCAAACUAAAACAAAACUCCAGUUCUUUGACCUGUGUGUGUUUAGAGCCUGCUUGUGGCAUAUGUUGUGUUAAAUUUUCCAAUCUAUGCAUAUCCUUUUGAAAAGCCCCCCCCCAGUCAGGAACUGAACAAAGUCCAGUCAUUACAGUAUAUGUGAGCUGUUUGUAUGUGCGUUUAAACCUUGACGGUGUGUGUAUGUACUCUAUGUGUGUACCUUUGUACAUAUACAGAAGGCAAUAUAUAUACAGAAUAUAAAACGUUUAUGUCAUUGAAAUUAGACAGUUGUGGUUUUAAAGAGAACUAAAAAUAUCAGCCAGCUGUUGCUUGACCAUGUGUGUUCAUUGUCCUUUUGAUUUCAAUAUCAGUAAAAGUUGAAUGAAA